AUGGCGCCCUCACUACAUAGACUUCUCCGGAAGACUUCUCUUCCGGCAGUGAAGACUGAAGAAGUUGAACUGACCAGCUUGCAGCGCUCCAACAGCGACGAAGCCCUCAGUCGACUCCGAGAAGACACACUCCGUCAAAUUCGCGCCGCCAACCUUGCCGCCGGCAAACGCCAGCCACUCUCUGGACUUCCAAGACCAGAGCCCGUCGAAGUUCGUCAACUCGAUCGCUCUGUCAGAAGCAGCUCCAAUCGCCAACCACUCUCCGAACUUCCAGUACCAGAGCCCGUCGAAGUUCGUCAACUCGAUCGCUCCGUGAGAAGAAGCUCCAAUCGCCGGCCUCCGCUCCCGCUCGUCGAGAGCAGCAAGAGACGCCCAUCUCCAGACACCCCAUUGAUCGUCGACAACUAUCGACUCGAUCGUUCCGGUGGAAGAAGCUCCAACCCGCCAGAUCCACUCAAGAACAAAGGCAAGCUUCAAGUGCCGAAGUUUGCUCUUCCGCCGCCACAGAAACCACUGAGUUCUCGCGUCACCAAGCGUGAUCCAAUCUCGGACCGCGACCUUUUCGAGUUGUCCAUAGGCGAAACUGGAAGAGAUCCGCCACCAAAGACGAAGCGCACACAGACGGCGACAAUAUGGCCAAGCCACUCGAAGAAGACAAGACAGUCGAGACGGAGAACUCGAGCCGCCGCAUCACCAGAUAUGGCGGGNCACAGCAAGAAGAGCUCGACGACGUGAGCGCACGCGAUUUCGCCUUGAAGCCGCGCAAUGACGCGCUCCAAGUUCCAGCAUUGAACAUCAGAAAGGUUGGCAAAGGCGACAAGAGCCCAACUCGCAUCCCAUCGCCUCGCUCUGCAUCUCGCUCCCCAGCCGAAGACUUGCCUGUCCCGCCACAGACGGCCGAGAACAUGCGCCGUAUCUCCCCAGACGCACUCACCGACCCAGAGUACACUCACCAGCCAAAGAGCACCCCAUCACCAGCUCCAAGCGACUCAUCAGACUCCAAGCAAAAGGAGAGCAUCCCCCCACCGCCACCUCCAAAAGACCCAGUCGGCCCCACCAAACACCCAAAGAGCGCCGCUCUACCACCAGCUCCAACCGACACCAGCUCCUCCUCGUCCCUAACCUCCAAAGCCGUCAAGAAAUUCGGCUUCCACACCAAACAGCGCGCCGCAGCAGCAGAAGCUCGUGCCGAGAAGCCCGCUUCACUAAACACCAAACCCUUCAUCCCCAAGAACGUCCCCGUCUUCGUUCGUCCUCCAGUCUACAACCCCAACCUCCCCGAUGGUCUGCAGUGGUGCGAAGCUGGGAAGAUGAGUAGCAGAGCGGCUGUGCCGUGGUAA